ACUACAUAAAGCAACACGCUUUUUACAUAUCAGCAGCUUGUCAAGUUCAGGAUAACAAUUCAAGUUCAUUUCAUUAAUAUUCAGUUAUAAAAUUUGAUAAUACGAGUUCGUUCAAACUACCACAAAAAGGCGUAAUAUGGCAAACGACGGAAAAUAUGUCCGAUUGGGCAUUGGUGCAAACAAUGCAGAGGAUGAGUCGAUAUUUGACGACUCUGUUGAGCAGUCCGACAAGGAGUCGGCAACUUCAGUAACACCAUGCAAUUCGAGCACGUCGUGCACUUCGGCUUCCGAUAGCGAGAUUGAACUCAAUAAUGUUGAUAUCGAUGCAGGAAAUAAUACAAAUAUUGAAGAGGUCCCGCUUCGCCAUCACGAUACACCAGAAAAAGUAAGUAAGGUCAAACGAAUCGAGCGAAUGGAAAAAAUGAUUGCGGGUUUAAAUGAAGCUUUGCGUCGUUUCGAGCCUAAAUCCACUUCAGUCGAUAAUGUCGAUAACAGUUGGAACGUACCGAAUGAUGAAAACUCAUUUCCAGCCAACUCAGGAAAUUCAUCUUCCAGUAUUCGCUGGGAUCAUAUGAAACCAUUUUCCAGUGGCAUUUCUGCUAACAAAAUGUGGGAGGAAUGGAACCGCUAUAUUGAAAAUUUUGAAAUAGCAGCUUCUCUUAGUAACGUGUGUGAUGCUGUGAAGAGAACUCAACUGCUUUUCCUCUCAAUGGGCAAUGAACUGCAGGAAAUUAUCAAGGCAGCAAAGUUACGACCAAGCUUGAAAACCCCGAAUUGUUACAAACUUUUUGUAUCAAACAUAAAAAAUUAUUUCCGCUCGAUGACUGAUACCGCAGCCGAGCACGAGGCUUUUUCCAGAAUGAAACAAGAAAGUGAAGAAACUGCUGUCGCAUUCCAUGCACGAUUGAUGUGUAAAGUACGAUUGUGCAAUUAUAGUAUUGAAGAUGAAGACCGAUUUGUACGAGCACAGUUGUUAAAUGGGUUGAGAAACCGAGAGAUCGUUAAACAGGCACGGACCUACGGUUAUGAAACAAACUUUAUAGUACAAUCUGCUACGAGAAAUGAAGCAUUCGAAAUAGAGACACGGCAGCAAGACGGUUCCAGCGUCUUUGAACUCAGGAGUGCACUCAAAUCGUCAUUAUACGACAAAAAUUUUCGUAAACGGCCGAACAUGGGUAAUCGUUUUGGUGAACCGCAAAUGAAACAAGCACGAAGUCAUGAAAUAAUCCAACAACCUCAAGCCAGUCGAUCGCGAUGCACGCGAUGUUUUUUGUUUAGUCACCGCAACGGACAGUGUCCAGCUUUGAAACGUAAUUGCAACAGAUGCGGCAAACGUGGACAUUUCGUGGCAGCUUGUCGACAGAGGCAUGUAAGCUUUGUACAGAACGAACGAAACACCGAAGUCCCCAAGCAAUCCGUAAUUUCGGACGUACAAAAACGCGAAGAUUUUAAUCAGGAAGUCAACACACUUUCUCUUGAAGAUGUCUUGGUAGAUUGCUCGAUAGGAUCCUCCAGCCCAAUAAAGUUCCUGAUAGACUCAGGGGCAGAUGUAAACGUAAUUGGGGGAAAUGACUGGAAGUAUUUGUAUCAAGAAGUAAGAUUAGGUUUGGCAAAUCUUGAAAUAAUCAAUGAUAAUGCCAAAAAUAGACUUCAUGCCUAUGGAGCAUGUGAGCCAAUGCACAUUAAAUGCACCUUCAAAGCUAAAAUAGAAGCAACAACAGGGUCAAAACCUAUGAGCUCAGCUAUUUUCCAUGUUAUCCUUGAAGGAGCUAGAUCGCUUCUUGGAAGAUCAACUGCAAGCGAUUUAGGACUGUUACAAAUCAAUAGCAAUAUUAAUCAUUGCAAAGAUGAUAAAAUAUUUCCAAAAAUGCCGGGUGUAAGAGUGGCAUUCAGUGUCAACAAAAACGUGCCACCAACAAAAAGCGCCUAUUACAAUAUACCAGCUGCAUAUCGAGAUGCGGCAAGACAAAGAUUGCAUGAAAUGCAAGCACGUGGAAUAAUAGAAAAAAUCACAUCCGCUCCAAACUGGAUCAGUGGCAUGUCCGCCGUAGCUAAAGGCAAAAAUGAUUUCAGACUUGUAGUUAACAUGCGUGCCCCCAAUCGUGCCAUCAAUCGUGAAUAUUACAGACUCCCGCUGCUCGAUGAAAUGAGAAUAAAAUUAAACGGGGCGAAGUAUUUUUCAAAACUCGACAUAAGUAACGCUUUCUAUCAUCUCGAGUUGGCAGAAGAAUCUAGAGAUAUGACAACUUUCCUAGCCGAGGAUGGCAUGUACAGAUUUACCCGUCUCAUGUUCGGUGUAAAUUGUGCACCUGAAAUCUUUCAGCGUGAAAUGGUUCGAAUUCUUAAAGAUGUUGAUAACAUUAUAGUGUUUAUUGACGAUAUUCUUAUAUUCGCUGACACGCUAGAAAAACUACGAGCAACAGUUAACACAGUGUUACAAAUUCUUAGAAAAAACAAUUUGACGUUGAACACAGCUAAAUGCGAGUUCGACCAAACCAGAAUAAAGUUUCUCGGUCACGAGCUGGACUCUGACGGAUUCCACAUAGAUAACGAGAAAAUAAAAAGUGUGCGCAAGUUCAGAGAGCCUACUACUUUGUCAGAACUACGUAGUUUUCUGGGGUUGGCAUCGUUUCUUAGUCCUUACCUUGUAAAUUUCGCUAAUAUAUCAAGCCCAUUAUGGACUGUAACUUCUGGUAAGACAUGGUCAUGGGGACCAGAUCAAAGCAAAGCGUUUGAAGAGCUCAAAUCAAAAAUCAUAAACUGCACGUUAUCAUUGGGAUUCUUCUCGGAGAACGAUAACACUAUAUUAUACACAGAUGCCUCACCAGUUGCGUUAGGUGCUGUACUCACACAGGAAAACGAAAAUCAAGAACGAAGAAUCAUAAGUUUCGCCUCUAAGGCCCUCACUUCGACUGAAAAGACAUAUCCACAGAAUCAACGGGAAGCCUUAGGAGCAGUUUGGGCAGUGGAACAUUUUUCUCACUUCCUACUCGGCAGGCACUUUACACUCCGUACUGAUGCACAGGGGGUUACGUUCAUCCUAAACCGAUCACGGGAGGAAUCUAAAAGAGCGUUGAACCGAGCCGAUGGAUGGUCGUUAAGAUUAAGCCCAUACAAUUACAAAGUUGAAUUUGUCCGUGGUAUAGACAACAUAGCGGAUUCACCAUCGCGGCUUUAUCAGGGCAAAGAUGAACCAUUCAACGAUGAUGCCAGUCCAUGGGAAAUAGCGACGCUUGAAGCAAACCCUGUAGAUUUCCUUACAAUAGACGACAUCAAAUAUGCCACCAGCAAAGAUGAAGUUUUAUUACAGGUAAUCAGUGCACUUGAAUCGGGUGUAUGGCACAAAACCUUGCAAAAAUAUCACUUAAUAGUAAAUGAUUUAACCAUUGACAAUGGUAUUCUCAUCAAAACCGGUUGCGCUAUAAUACCAAAAACACUCCAAGAGCGAGCUUUGGAAAUAGCACACCGUGGUCAUCCAUCGAUCGCAAAGAUGAAAAGCAUAAUGCGACAACGUGUUUGGUGGUCCGGUAUGUCCGGAGAUAUCAAGAAAUGGGUAGACUCUUGUAAAACAUGCUGUUUGAACGGAAAGCCAGAAAGACCCCCACCAAUGAAACGAGUUUUUGCUCCAAAAGUAGCUUGGGAAUCAAUUGCAAUAGAUUUCAAUGGGCCCUACAUAAAAUUUGGAGGAAUUCUUAUUCUUGUCAUAGUUGAUUAUAGGUCUAGGUUUAUCAUCGCGCGACCAGUAAAGUCUACAAAAUUUGAAUGCAUCCAAAAAGUACUCGAUAAUGUAUUCGAAAAGGAAGGAUAUCCAAAAACAAUAAGAACCGACAAUGGACCCCCGUUUUGUAGUGAAGAUUUUGCAAAUUAUUGUAAAAAUCGAGACAUAACACUUUCCUAUUCGACUCCUCUAUUUCCACAACAAAAUGGUCUAGCAGAAAGCUGUAUGAAACUGAUAAAUAAGGCCAUGUCUGUAGCAACAUUGAAUAACACUAAUUAUAUUGAAGAAUUGAGCAAAGCAAUUAAUGCGCACAAUGCCGCAGAGCACAGUAUAACCUGUGUACCACCAGAGGAAGUGAUGUAUGGCCGUAAAAUCAAACGAGAACUACCAUUACUUCAACACAGGAGAUCAGUUUUCGAUGAAACCCGGUUAGAACACAUGGAUCGUGAGAAAAAGUUAACAGGAAAGUUAAGAGAAGACAUCCGACGCGGCGCACGAAAAUGCACUAUUUUGCCAGGCGAUGAAGUUGUUAUUGAACGACAACACCGUUUGAAAGGCGACACGCGUUUUUCACCGACCAGAUACACUGUAAUUCAGCAGCGGAAUGGAAGCCUUGUUCUCAAUGACGGUUAUGGAAAAAUGACAAAACGUCAUGUAUCACAAACCAAAAAGAUCGGUGAGUGGCGUAAUACAUAUAAGAAUGCGAAAAUAGGAACCACUGAUACAAACUGUUCAAGCACUAGUACAUCACCCUCAGCAAACUUAACACCACGACCGUGUCGUACAAGGAAAACGCCAGCGUUCUUCAAUGAUUAUAUUCGCAAUACAAUAUAA